AUUACUUGGUAAGUUUGACAUUAUCUCUGAACAAAGCCAGAGAAAAUUAAACUCGUUGAGCUUGGGAAAAAAACAAUGUUGAUAACGAAGACAAUUCAGGGUCUUAUCAUUCCAGUUUCACUUCUCUUCCUUCUUCCAUCCGAAGCAGUUGCUGCAACACUUGGAAUCUGCUACGGUCGUGUUGCCAACAACCUCCCAACAACGUCGGAAGUGGUCAACAUUCUCAAAACCAAUGGCAUUUUGAAUGUCCGAAUCUUCGAUCCUGACCCGGUCACGUUACAGUCUUUUUCCGGUACCGGAAUCAAUCUAAUGACAGGUGUUCCGAAUGAAGUCCUCCCAUCACUUGCCUCAGGAACGCCUGCAUCGGCACUCCAAUGGCUCCAAACCAACAUAUUCGCCCACAUUGUUCCGAGCCAAAUCCGAUACAUUGCGGUUGGAAAUGAGGUCUUGCUCAAAGAUCCAUUCUAUGCUCCCCAUGUAGUACCCGCCAUGGUUAACAUUCACCAAGCACUUAAAACACUGAACCUUGAUAAAACCAUCAAAUUAUCCUCCCCACAAGCAGCAUCCGUGCUCUCAAAAUCGUACCCUCCAUCCCUCGGAGCGUUCGAUCCUUCUCUUCGAUCCGUCUUGCUUCCUUUACUCAAUUUCUUGCAUGAGACGGAAUCACCGUUCAUGGUCAACGUUUAUCCGUACUUCAGCUACACGAGCAGCACUUCGAAUCAAAUAUCGUUGGACUACACACUGUUUAGAAGCAACGUCAUGGUUCAAGACGGUAUGUUGACGUACGACAAUCUAUUCGAAGCGACCAUAGAUGCAAUUGUUCAUGCGAUGGAAAAAGAAGGGUUUGUGGAAGUCAGGGUGGUCGUGUCGGAGACGGGGUGGCCAAAGAGCGGAGGUGAGGAGGCCAGUGUGGAGAACGCAUUGGCGUACAACGAGAAUGUGGCGAGAAGAGUAGUGGCGAACGUCGGGACACCGAAGAGGCCUGGGGUGGGAAUUGAGGUGUACUUGUUUGAUCUGUUUGAUGAGAAUGGUAAAAGUGGAGAUGAAUGUGAGAAGCAUUUUGGGAUUUUUGGACUUGAUGGGAUCAAAGCCUACGACCUUAGAUUUAAUUCAGGAAAUUAAGUUAACGUGUUAGCUGAUAAAAGAGGAUUGAUCUUGUUUGUUCAAUUCCUAGAACUUCACAACUUGUUCUAAAAAAGAAGUUGAAGGAAGAACUUCAUUUUCUAGUUUUUCGAAUUUGUUUUCC